AUGCUUGCGGAUGUAGCCUGCUGCAUCUCACGGGGAUUAGUUACUCAUUUGGUCACAAUUCCAGAUUUCUGUGACCCGAUCCGCCCUCCUAGUCACGUGAAACGUCGGGCUCCCAAAGCGCGACGCAUCUAUUGGAGCUGCGAGAAGUUGGAUGAGCGUGUUGCCUACACUUUGCAUGUGUCCCAAGAGUUGGUUGAGCCUGCUCAUUCAGGAUCUUCUAUGACCGAUGCGUUAGCUCAACUACAGGCCAAGAAUCGUUCACAUCAGCAGCAGCUAAAUCAACGCCUUAGAAAGACCCAGGAUUUGCCCGGUUCCUCGCCCUCUCGAUUUUCAGAAACUACAUACACACCUCCUCAAGUUUCAAUUCCCCUUAGUCCUUCCAUUUCUAGACUGGUGAUAGGACCUACUUCUUCAAUGACUUCUUUUUCAAGUUCUGGCCAUUCGGCGAAUCUCUGUACAACUACAAAAGUCGUCAAUUCACCCUUCCGCCAGUCUGGAGUACCUCAACAUGGGGACUCUCUCAUUCUUGAGUCUCCUGUUACUGCUAGACCGACCAGUCCUUCCCAAAUCGUCUCUGGUCAGUUGGUACAGCCCUGGACACAAUCCGGACCAUUAACACCGGCUAAUUUUCAGGCAUCAGAAGCUGCUUCUUGGCCGCAACAGACUAUUAGACCUAAUCCACAUUAUUCUUCGAAUAACACCAUUUACUUACAUACACAGCAACAACAACAGCAGCAACAACAGCAGCAGCAACAACAACAGCAGCAACAAGAGCAGCAACAACAACAGCAGCGGCAAUUGCAGCAACAGCAGCACCUUAAGAUGCAAAGCAAUGUUUGCGAAUUGACUUCCAGCAUGCAGAUUGCAAGGCUCCAACGCGCUCACAUGAACGCCUCCUCAUUAUCUCGCGCCCUUCCUGCUUUCAUAGUAUCACCCGCCUUUCCAUCACCACCACCACGUUCGUUCCAUGGCGAAGCGACCGAUUCCGGUCGCUACGGUUCUCCAGUUCCGCAAAUA